CACGCAGAGCCCUUAUUCCAAAUGGUAGUCAGUGUAAAAUGGCGUCCGGAUCGGCAGCGUUGCUGAUAGUACUUCACAUCUUUAUUAUCGGCGCAAGAAGAGUAACGUGUUUGUGUGAUAAUGUGACGUCGAUAUCGACUCAAGUGGAUCUACUGCUGGCGGAAUACGACCGCGGUGCUUUUCUCGUCUCUCCCGUGCACGUAAAGGCCGCACUCGACGUACAACAUGCUACCAUUGACGAGAAGACCUCUACUGUCAGAUUGUUAGCCGCACUGUAUUUGAGUUGGGAGGACAAACGUCUUUCUUGGAAUGCGACUAGUUGGGGCUGUGAUAAAGCUUUAGUGUCAGUAGAACGCUUAUGGCUACCUGACGUGGGCGUGCUUAGCGCAGCCACCGCUGGUGGCAUUGGUGGAGACGUGGGGCUGCGGGCAAGACUAACCAGCGAUGGACGCGUCUCUUGGGUUGUGCGUCUCGAUCUCGUUUCUCCUCUCUCUCUCACUCUCGACGCCUGGCCCAGGGAUGUGCAUGAGAUCAUCUACAAAUUUAGCUCCCGGUCGCAUACUACUGAUGAACUUAAUUUAACGUCCAGUGAUAUGGAGCACGCGAUGGUAUUCGAAUCAGGAACUUGGGAACUAUUAUCAGUGAGAAGUACAGAUAUGACAUGGCAGCGAUUGGACGUAGAACAGCAAGUGCUAGUGUGGAAACUGACUCUGCGCAGGCGAGCGCCCGCACACGCACUUGCGACAAUGGCAGUUUUGUACUCGUGUAUAGUGCUGCUGGUAGCUGCUAUGUUACUGCCACCUGCUUCGAGACCUGCGCUCUGUGCGACUGCAGCCCUUACCGCUGCCUUGUGGUUGAUCGCGGCGCUAGCGCGUCUGCCGGGUUCGACGUCGGCGCCGCGCGCUAUGUCGCUGAUGUGCGCGGCGUGCACGUGCAGCGCAGCGGCGGCGGCGGGCGCAGCAUUGGUGCUACGCGUGGCGCGCUGCUCCGCACCUCCGCCGCACGCGUUACGCGUUCUUGUUACAUCUACCUCCACCUUUUGCAAGCUCGGGCCACCGGAGGGCAGCAAUGCGGAGUGGAGCGCGUGGGCGGCGGCGGCGCAGUUGCUGGACCAUGUGCUGCUCGGCGCCAUACUACUGACUCUAUUCGUCGUCGCGUGCUUUACGUUCUGACAACUUCAAGCUGCUUGAGACGGACGUAACCCGUGUUAUUGCUUUCAAAACUAGUUUUAUAAGUGUUGCGUGUUUCGUUCAGUUUGAGAUAAAAAGAGGAGAGUACAGUUGUUUGAAGAUAUUUUUCUGGUACCUACGAAACGUGGUCCGCAACUUCGUACUCUCAAUCAUCGUUAGUCCCUGCAAUAUUUCGUAGCCAAUUAUUUUUAAGAAACAAGUAUUUUAUUAAUAAGCUUAAGAUUUAAAUUUACAAACAAUUAAGAAUGAAAAUGUUUCAAUUACCUGUUUUUAAAAACAGCGUUGAAACGAUUGAUAAAACAAAUAUUUAUAAAUGAUUGUUUAUUUUUUAUGUGCCCGUCAAAAAUAUCUAGGAGA